GUGUUCAUCAGCGUCGUCGAUUCGGCGCACAAACCGCCCAUCUUCGAGCGCGCCCGGUACGCCUACUCGAUCGGCGAGGGAGUCGCGAAGGGUACCGUCGUUGGUACCGUUAAAGCUGCUGUUACUGAUGGUGCCGGACGAAGUAACGUUUACUAUUCCAUUUACUCCGGCGAUCCAGAUGGUCUCUUCAUCAUCGAUGGUGCAACUGGAAUAAUCACCACAUCCUCACCGUUGGACCACGAGACCAAAUCCAGCGUUCUUCUAAACAUCCAAGCCACCAGCGGCGAUCCUCCUGUAUACGGCCACACCCAAGUGAACAUCGAAAUCGAAGACGUCAACGACAACGCGCCGGAGUUCGAAUCACCGCUGGUGAGGAUUUCGGUGCCCGAAAACGCGGAGGUGGGAUCUCCGCUGUACUCGGCCCACGCCAGUGACAGGGACUCGGGCAGGAACGGGGCGGUGGAAUACAAAAUGGCCGGCAACCCCUACGGGGGGCUGUUUAAAGUCGACGCGAAAUCGGGUGAUUUGACCGUCGCCAGGCGGUUGGAUUACGAGACUUCCCAAAGGCAGAGUUUGGUGAUUACCGCCACCGAUUCGGGCGUGCCGCCUCUUGCUGCUAAUUUGACUGUCAUGGUGGAGGUGCAGGAUGUGAAUGAUAACGCUCCGGUGUUCGAGAGGAAGGAGUAUUCGCUGAGGAUUGUGGAAUCUGCUGCUGUUAAUACGCAGCUCCUCCAACUGACCGCCAUCGACGCGGACAGCGGCAACAACGCCCGCCUCACCUACCGCCUCAUCGCCGCCAACGCCACCGACGCCCCGGACGCCGCCUUCGGCGUCUUCCCCGCCACCGGCUGGCUGUACCUGCGGGCGCCGCUCGACCGCGAGCGCCGCGACCGCUACCGCCUCACGGUCGCCGCCUCCGACAACGGCGUCCCAUCGGCCACCGCCACCGCCCUGGUGCUGGUCCAGGUGCUCGACGCCAACGACAACGAUCCCGUCUUCGCCGGCGAUUCCUACGAAUUUGCGAUCGAGGAGAACCUGAGAAGAGGAACUUUC